UAACUCGGGGUUACUUUGAUACGUGAACUUUUCAACUUCUUCAGUUACCGAACCUCUUUGUUCCCUCUUUGACUCAUCCGAACAAAGACCUAUCUAUAUUCAUAUCCACUUGAGACAUUUCUCCAUUCCUUCUUGGAACAUAACUUCGACCAAGUAGUAGUCAAUUGACAUGUUUAAGAUUGACUUCCAGUUCCCAUUCUGUUCUAAAUAUCUAAGAUCUAUCCAUCUACCGUAAAUAUCUUAUCCUCCACCAGUCACCAUCUAUAGAUUCCUUGUGACAGCAUGUCCACAUUCGGGGACUUCUUCAGGGUCACCACCUACGGCGAGUCCCAUUGCCGAUCUGUAGGAUGCAUAGUGGACGGGUGCCCGCCGGGUAUGGAGCUCACCGAGGAUGAUAUCCAGCCUCAGAUGACUCGUCGUCGCCCAGGCCAGAGUAAUAUUACCACUCCCCGAAAUGAGAAAGACCGUGUAGCUAUACAAUCUGGCACUGAGUUCGGUAUUACCCUCGGCACUCCUAUCGGUCUUGUAGUCCUCAACGAAGACCAGAGACCCAAGGACUAUGGAAACAAAACGAUGGACCUAUACCCACGGCCGAGCCAUGCUGAUUGGACUUACCUCGAGAAGUAUGGCGUGAAGGCUAGUAGUGGUGGUGGAAGAAGCUCUGCCCGUGAGACUAUCGGUAGAGUGGCUGCCGGCGCUAUCGCUGAGAAAUACUUGAAGCUCGCAUACGGUGUUGAGAUCACUGCUUUCGUCACCUCUGUCGGUACCGUUCACAUGUUCCCGCCCUCCGCCGAGUACCCCACGCCCAGCCAAAAUCCUGCCUUCAUGGAACUGCUGCAGACCAUUGACCGCGAAACUGUCGACAAGUUUUUGCCUGUGCGCUGUCCGAACGAGGAAGCCUCGCGCACAAUGGCUGACUACAUAGCUGAUUUCAAGGAGCGCAAUGAUAGUAUCGGUGGAACUGUGACAUGUGUCAUCAAAAACAUACCGAGUGGAUUAGGAGAGCCGUGUUUCGAUAAGCUGGAGGCGAAACUUGCUCACGCUAUGCUUAGCAUACCCGCUACUAAAGGCUUUGAGAUUGGCUCUGGUUUUGGUGGUUGCGAGGUCCCGGGAUCCAUUCAUAAUGAUCCCUUUAUCCGAGCACCGGAAACAGAGUCAAAGAACGGAGUACCGAGGCCUAGGUUGACGACUAAGACUAACAACUCUGGGGGUAUUCAGGGUGGUAUCUCCAACGGUGCGCCCGUUUACUUCCGCGUUGCGUUCAAGCCAGCCGCAACCAUUAGCCAAGCCCAGACAACGGCCACGUAUGAUGGCGACUCCGAGGGUGUUUUAGAGGCUAAGGGUAGACACGAUCCCUGUGUAGUACCGAGGGCAGUGCCUAUUGUGGAAGCAAUGGCAUCGCUAGUCGUGAUGGAUGCGCUGAUGCAGCAGAUGGGGAGGCAUGAGGCUAGGAGGCAUCUUCCGCCCUUACAGCGAACCGUGCCAGUUGCUGAUAAUGAGAUUUCAAAGGGGGUAAAAUAGGGAAGGGGGGGUAGACGAAUAAAAGGGGAAAGAGAAUGUAUUUCGAAGAUGAAUAUCGGUCAUGUACAGAUACGAGUUGAUGUCUGUAUCUAUAUGCGUAAACCUAUUACAAGCGAAGGUCACAUACAUGGUACUUUGCAGUCGCGAAGUGAUUUCUAGAACUGGUAUUAUUCUACGUAGUAGAUUGAUUAUUGUAGUCACAGCAGUCAACAGUAGAUUAUAUCCUAAGAACAUAUAGAG